AUGUCCAAUCUAACCGACAAUCUACCAGCAUUUCUAGCCUUUCAACUACCACGUCCUCUUCGAUUUUGGUACUUUCUCGUCGCAAACAUCGCAUCACUAACUUGCACUCUCUUCAUUCUCUACUUUCUUCUCUUCGAUGUAACACUUCGUCGAGCGCUCAACAAUCACAUCAUCAUUGUUCUUCUCAUCCUUGGUUUCCUCUACGAAUCGUUCAACGUCUCGUGGCACAUUCGAAGUGCUCGUUUCGAUCAACCUUGGUCGAUGUCCAACACAUUCUACCUUUUCUGGACAUUCUUUGACUAUGCAGUUUAUUCCAUUCAGAUCUCUUUGUUCGCUUGGGCAUCCAUCGAACGACACAUACUCAUAUUUCAUGAUCGAUGGAUAUCAACUCGAAUUAAACGUCUUUUCAUUCAUUAUGCUCCAAUUGUCGUCAUCGUCGUGUAUUACUUUGUCUUCUAUAGCAUUAUCUAUUUUGGAACACCUUGUGAUAGAUCAUUUGAUGGUUUUCUGUCAGGAGGUGUGUAUGCACCUUGUGCAUUCUAUCUUCAAACUGCUGGAACAUGGGAUUUAAUAGUGCAUGAAUUGAUUCCUACAUUGAUUAUUUCAUUCUUUAGUAUAGGUCUUCUUCUGCGUGUGGUGCUACAAAAAACACGAAUGCGCCAAUCACUGCAGUGGCGGAAACACCGCAAGAUGACAGUGCAAUUGCUGUCCAUAUCAGUCAUUUAUAUGCUGUUCAAUAUUCCUUGGGUUGUUUUCAUUCUUGGUCUGACUUAUGGUGCACCACUGGAGAUCGUGUGGCCAGCAUUGAUUUGCUCGAAGUUUAUUCUAUAUAAUAUCGUGUUUUUGUUUCCGUUUGUGUGUUGCUUGUCGUUGCCUGAAUUUCGUAAACGAGCGAAGCAAAUGCUUCUGUUUCGAGGAAGACAACAUCGAAUUGGUUUAAUAUCGAUGUCGAAAACUCGUUUACGAGCACAGGGAGCGACCAUGUAA